GUUAAUGAUUUAUUUGUUGAGAUGAGGUUUCUAUAUGGUUUGUUCCAUGUUCGUUUCCUUUUCACAGGAUGGGCCUGAGUUCAUGGCAGAGGAUGCAAAAGUUUUCAAGUACCCAUUUCCUUACUUGUAUGAUGAGUCACAAGAGGUUGCAAGAGAAUUUGGAGCUGUUUGUACCCCUGAGUUUUUCUUAUAUAAGAAGGAUGGUCGUAGACCAUUUGCGCUGGUCUAUCAUGGUCAGUUUGAUUAUUCCCGGCCUAGCAAUAACAUAUCAGUAUCUGGGAGGGAUCUAAGCCUGGCGAUUGAUCUUGCCCUUAGCUGUCAACCAAUACCAUCAAAUCAAAAGCCAAGUGUUGGUUGCAGCAUAAAGUGGCAUCCAGAAAACAGAGUCGUCAGCUAAUACAUUGCUCGUGCUUACAAACUGCAUUGUAUUAGAAACAGCUGCGAAACAUUAUUUUCAGGUAUGUUCUAAAAUCGAAUCUGAAAGGAGAGGAAAAGGCAAAAGAGAAGAACUUUGAAACCCUACCCGCAAAAAGAACAUAGAAAUUGUAAGUUUGUAUCCAUUAUUCAAGAUUAAUAUACAGUAGUCUACUCCACGGAUCCUAUUCUGUGGGAUCGUUCAUGUGUGAUAUAACUUCAUGAACAAUAUAAGAAUGAGUUUUAGUGUAAA